AUGGCCUUCCAGCAGCCGCAGCGGCCGCGGCCCUCUCGCCCGCUUUCCUUCUCCCAGCCCGCCCAGCAGCAACCCGUACAGCGCGUCGCCGUCUCGCCCCACCGCAAGCACUCCGUCGUCGAGUCCGAGGAAUGGGUCCUCUUCUCGCCUUCCGUUGAUGGUCGCACCCACACCACCUCCACCGAGCGCACCCCUCGCACAGUCGGAAUCUCGCAGCUGAGCGACUUUGGCUCCCUCGACACCGCAGCAAGAUCCGAGAACUAUGAAGAGCGCGACGAUGAGGACAAUCUGACGUGCCAGGGCACAAACCCCGAGGACGAGGCUGAUACCGAAGAGCUGGACAGCUUGGAUGACGGCUUACAUGCGUUCCAUGAGCCGUCGUUGAGCGCUCCACAAGUCGGAGAGAGCAGUCAAACUGUGUUUCCCACCCACGACGGCCUUGGUACCUUCCCAUCGAGCAGUGCAGCGGUGCAGGAACAGCUGUGGCAAUUCGAGAGAUAUAAUGCGAGCCCCAGGAAGACGAAGGCGGCAAGACGGAGGUCUAGUGUGCAGCGAAGGUUAGACGUACUUGAAGAGAGGGAAACACUUGAGCACGACGAGAGGAGAGAACGCAUUGAGCGGUGGCGACUCGAGCAAAGCCGCGCCCUGCUGGAUGAGAUAGAAAGAGAAACUAGGAGGCGGAGACGGAUGAGUCGCGUCACCAUCGCGAAGUCGACUGCUGGCAGUACUAUAGCAGAGAGCAGCAGGCCUGCUGCCGAAGCUGAACCAUCCGCGGCUGAUGCCUCCCCGCUUGGCACCUCCCCCGCCGAUUCUUCAGAUGGUGAAUCGUUCUGGCAGCGCUUCACCCGCCGCGUCAUCCGCGACCUCAUGGGUAUCGAUGAGAACCUCCUUUCCGUCAUUUUGGGUCAAUCUUUACCGGCAGACGCCAGUUCAACAACUUCCGGGCCGGAUCCGAAAGAUGUCCUGGCCGCCGCGGCCACUGAAUCCGCAGACAAUAUGUCUACCCACGACUCCUGGGAGCAGCGGUUGCUCGAGCGGAUAUCACGAGAACUUGGAGUUCUAGUUAACCAGCUUUCCGAACAUCCUGGGGCGUUUUCAACCUACCUUCGGACGCAAGAAGCCCCGGCUUAUGCUGGCCUUGCGACAUCGGCCGACAGCACCACUCCCCGGCGAUUAAGUCUUCACGCCUCUUCCAGCGCUACGCCCGACGUCACUCAAUCCCAAUCCAUUUCUAAUAUCAACUUCGCGCCUACCGUUCCUCCUCAACCAUCUUACAGCGAGGCCUCUCUUUGGGGUAUCGAGGAGGAGCCCGAGCCGGAACCUGCUGCCUCUGAAGCCUCGGCACAAGCCCAGCACGAGCGGGAAUACUGGGAACGCGAUCUCGACGUGAAGAUGGUGUUCAACUUUCUCAAGGAGCGAUUCUCCUCUAGACCGACGUCGCCGGUCAACGGGAGUCCUCCCAACCGGAGAGACAGCGCGAAUCCCUUUCAGCCGAAAGGCGCCGACAGCACCGCCGGCAGCCAGGAGCGCGCGGCCCUGAUCCGCCAGCACCACCCGCUCGUCAGCCGCAACCUGCCCACGUCGUCCGCACAGGCGCACUCGGAGCAGCUCGCGUCGUCGUCGUCGCGGCCGGCACCGAACGCCACGGCGACGACCACCACCAUCACCGUUCCCGUCCCCGUGCCCGUGAGCAGGGCGAAUUUGCAGCGCUCUCGCCUGAGCAACAGGAACGCCGGGUCUAGCUGCGCGAGUCAGAGCACCCGUCGGAGCAAGCGCAGCGGGAGCAGUAAGAACUACUGGGAUCUCGGCGGUAGCGUCGGAAGCGGGCCCGCCGGCGCGCCCAGUGCCGCCACCUGGGGCGAAGUUUGA